AUGGCUGCAGCAUCCAGGAACUCUAUUUUGCGUCUCAUUAAUGCGUCACAACAUUCCGCGUGUCCCUGUCAUGGCUGCCGUCCAUCCCUGCCGGCAGGUGGUCAACUUCAAACCAUUAACCACCUGAGGAACUUCGCAACACCGGUUCCGACAGUAGAAAAGGAGUACGCUUUUGAAGUUGCUGCAUCCAACUUGCGCUUCGGGGAUGGAGUCACUGCCGAGGUCGGCAUGGAUCUCAAGAAUAUGAAGGCCCGCAAGGUUGGGGUCUUCACCGACCCGAACGUUGCACAACUUAAACCUAUGAAAACGACUCUCGCUGCGUUACAAGCAGAAACUGAUCUCCCUUUCGAGGUGUACGAUCAGGUAGUCGCAGAGCCUACUGAAGAGAGUUGGCGCAGUGCAAUAACUUGGGCCCGCCAUCACGACUUCAGUCAUUUCCUUGCUGUCGGAGGAGGAAGCGUUAUCGACACAGCGAAGGCUGCAAAUCUAUUCACAGUAUAUAAGGAUGCGGAUCUCAUGGACUUCAUCAACGCUCCCAUCGGAAAGGGUCUGCCAAUUACGCAGGCUCUACGCCCUUUAAUUGCUAUUCCUACGACUGCCGGAACUGGCUCUGAGACUACAGGAACGGCGAUUCUCGACAUCACUUCUCGGUCCUUCAAGACUGGUAUUGCGAACCGUGCUUUGAAGCCGGUCUUGGGCAUAGUGGAUACCCACAACACCGAAUCCUGUCCAAAGGCUGUUCAAAUUAGUGCCGGUCUCGAUGUCCUCUUCCAUAGUAUGGAGAGUUAUACCGCAAUACCAUAUACUGAACGUAUCCCUCGACCUGCCAACCCCAUCCUGCGACCCGCGUACCAAGGAAGCAAUCCUGUAGCCGAUAUUUUCUCUCUUUGGGCUCUUCGAACCACUGUCGAGAAUCUGCCACGCAUUGCGAAGAACCUCGAUGACGGAGAGGCUCGCCGCCAAAUGCUCCUGGCUUCUUCAUUCGCUGGUAUCGGAUUUGGCAACGCCGGUGUCCAUUUAUGCCAUGGAAUGAGCUAUCCAAUCUCAGGACUGAACAAGAAAGGUCCGAAAUACAAGCAUCCGGGAUACGUCACAGACCUUCCCAUCAUCCCGCACGGUGUUAGUGUUGCGCUCACAGGCCCUGCUGUCUUCCAGUUCACCGCCCCAUCAUCUCCUGAGCGCCAUCGUGAAGCCCUUGCGAUCUUUAACGGAACGACCAUCUCUGAUCCGUCCAUAACAAGAAUCCCCGACAGAGAGUUGGGCGCUCAUCUAUACGAGUCUAUCGCUCGCUUCUUGGACGGACUGGGAGUUCCUCGCGGUUUGAAGGCUGUUGGCUAUUCGGCUGGUGACGUCGGAAAGCUCGUCGAAGGAACGCUGCCACAGAGGCGUGUUCUUGACUUGGCACCGGGUAUUGGAGAUGUUGUCGGUGCUGACGGAAGGGAGUAUCUGACGAAGAUCAUGGAGAACUCGUUGGAAUACUAA